AUGGCGUAUAAUUACAACAAUGGACACGACAAUAAUACCAACAAUAGAGCGCCGUUUAAUCAUCCCGCUCAACAAUAUCCACAAGCACACGCACCACCAUCGCCAAUAGCACCAACACCACAAAGACAACAUACCAUCCCAUCUCCUUCACCCAUUCAUAGCAACAAUAAUUAUGCGUCAUCACCUCAAGGUUAUUCUCACAAUCAUGACUAUAAUAAUUAUAAUCAACACAUUAUCACCACACCAACUACUCCUCAACCUCAACAAUAUUUAACAUCACCGACCACAUUAUCACCGGUUAGCCCUGCUAUCAAUCGCAAUCCAUACGAGUAUACUUCACCACCAACAACAACAACAUCAUUACAUGAAUACCCACCUAAUCGUAAUGAUAGAAACGACACGUAUCCACCGCGUGGCGGGGUUCUUAAUUCACAAAAUCGUGACAGUUAUCCGUUAGACGAUCUAAAUGAUUAUUAUGAAGAUAGUGAUGCCGAUGAUGGGUAUAAUCGAGGUCAAGGAAUUAAUAGAUCAGCAGAGAAUGAUUCUUUUUAUAAUGGUAAUCGAUACGAUGAUCUGACGUAUCCUCCUGAUGCAUACCCUACCAGUUCCGACUCAAAUAAUGGUAUAACAAAUACACCAACAUCAACAUAUAGUCAAGAGCGAUCAACAAGUGAUGUAAAAGGAAAAGGUCGAAGUGAUGUUGCAGACACCGAAUCAGAAAUAGAAAGUGUCAGUGAUCACACACGUAACCGUCGUGAAUCUAAUGAAUUUGAUGUGUAUGGAGGGAAUCUUCGUGGAAGAGAUGAUUCCAAUCGAUACUCAAUCUGUACAUCUCAAGAUUCAUUGAUGCACGGACUAGACAUUAAUCAGAAAAAACCGCAUUACUAUUCACCAUCACAAUAUUCAUAUAACGGUGAAAACUCGUCAACUGGCUCCGGAAGAAACACGCCACAAUACGGUCUCGAAUAUCCACAUUUGCCACCGGGCAGUCAACGCUCAAAAGAACCUUACCCGGCGUGGCGAUCUGAUGAUCAUCAAAUCCCGUGCUCGAAAGAAGAGAUUGAAGAAAUUUUCAUUGAUCUCACUAAUAAAUUCGGGUUCCAGAAAGAUAGCAUGCGAAACAUGUACGACCAUCUUAUGGUCAUGUUGGACUCACGUGCUUCGAGAAUGUUACCCGCACAGGCUCUUUUGACAUUACAUGCUGAUUACAUCGGCGGAGAAAAUGCAAAUUAUAGAAAAUGGUAUUUUGCGUCACAAAUGGAUGUUGACGAUGCUUUUCACAAUUCAACAAGAGGUGUACCACAGCCACGCGGACAGAAUCUUGAUGAUGUACGAGCAGGCGAAGAGAUAUGGAAAGAAAAAAUGAAUUCAAUGUCACAGUAUGACCGAGUUAGACAAUUGGCUCUAUAUUUAUUAUUGUGGGGUGAAGCUGCUCAAGUAAGAUUCACAGCCGAAUGCUUAUGUUUCAUAUUUAAAUUGGCAGACGACUAUUAUCGAAGUUCUGACUGUAAAGCAAAAGUGCAACCACUGCCCGAAGGAGAAUAUCUUCGAAAUGUAGUCACACCAUUGUAUCGAUUCAUUCGGGAACAAGGAUACGAAGUUAUUGGCGGGACAUUCGUGAAACGAGAAAAAGACCACGCUGAUACUAUUGGCUAUGAUGAUAUUAAUCAACUGUUUUGGUACCCGGAAUCGAUUGAUCGUAUCGUGUUACAAGAUCAUACUCGUCUGAUGGCUUUGCCGCCCAGUCAACGAUAUCUUAAUCUUGGACACGUUGAGUGGGAUAGAGCGUUUGAGAAAACUUACAAAGAGAAACGUACAUGGUUACAUCUGGCUGUUAAUUUCACGCGGAUAUGGAUUAUUCAUGUGGUCUCUUUUUGGUAUUAUACUGCUUAUGCGGCACCAUUUUUGUAUAUGGACAUCGAGAAAAAUUUCCAGCCAGCUGUUCGAUGGUCGGUUGUUGCUUUGGGUGGGGCGGUGGCGACAUUAUUUAUGAUUUUUGGAUGUAUAUGCGAAUUUUUCUUUAUCCCAUUAAAAGGGACAAACAUCACAGGAUUAACUAAAAGACUUACCAUGCUACUCAUUGUUUUGAUAAUUAACACAGCACCAACUUACUAUAUUGUCAAGAUCUCAAAGAAAGAUUCAACUGCAUUAAUGAUCAGUCUAGGCCAGCUUGCUAUUUCCCUAAUAACCACACUGACAUUUUCCAUAUUACCCAGUUCAAAAAUAUUCGGUGGUCCAUCAUCAACAGCAAGAACAAGUCUUCCACGUCAAACAUUCACAGCUAGUUACCCACCACUCGGGAGCAAAGAUCGUGCAAUGUCAAUAGCCCUCUGGACCUGUGUAUUCGGAUGCAAAUUGAUCGAAUCUUACUUCUUUUUGUCACUGUCGUUCAGAGACCCCUUAAAAGCUAUGCACGGAAUGAGAGUUCUAAAUUGUGGUGAUCAGAUCGCCGGCACCCUUCUUUGUUCUUACAUGCCUGUGAUGGCUAUCGUGAUAAUGUUCUUCAUGGAUCUGGUGCUAUUCUUUUUGGACACCUAUCUUUGGUAUAUUAUCUGGAACACGAUUUUCUCGGUGAUUCAUGCUUUCCAGCUUGGAAUGUCGAUUUGGACCCCGUGGAAAGAUAUUUUCUCAAUGUUGCCGAAACGUGUCUAUGCUAAAGUGUUGGCGACUGGUGAUAUUGAAAAUAAUCAUAAGCCUAAAACAUUUAUAUCGCAAGUUUGGAAUGCCAUUGUCAUCUCAAUGUACCGUGAACAUUUGUUGUCAAUUGAUAAUGUACAAAAGUUGCUGUAUCGACAGACGACAGAACAAGACGGAAAACAUCUUAAAGCGCCAGACUUCUUUCUCUCACCCAACUCCUCAAAUGACAAAUAUUUUCCACCGCUCAGUGAAGCUGAACGUCGUUUCUCUUUCUUUGCACAAAGUUUAACUACUGAAAUCCCAGAACCACUUCCAAUUCCCAACAUGCCCACAUUCACAGUCCUGACGCCUCAUUAUUCCGAAAAAAUUCUGCUGUCCUUGCGUGAAAUUAUUCGAGAAGAAGACCGAAAUACUCGCGUCACCCUAUUAGAGUAUCUCAAACAAUUGCAUCCAGUAGAAUGGGAUAACUUUGUAAAAGACACCAAGAUUGUUGCUGAAGAACACAGUAUGUACCCAAUGGCUCCCGGACUUGGCAAAGAAUCGGAAAAAGACAUCAAAAACAAAAAAUUGGAUGACUUGCCUUUCUACUCUGUUGGUUUCAAAUCAUCUGCUCCAGAAUUCACCCUUCGUACACGUAUAUGGGCUUCUUUACGCUCACAAACCCUGUAUCGCACGAUAUCCGGGUUCAUGAACUACUCGAAAGCUCUAAAAUUACUAUAUCGAGUAGAGAAUCCAAAUAUUGUCACAAAUUAUGCUUCGAACCCCGAGAAACUUGAGCGAGAAUUAUCCUCAAUGGCACGCAGAAAAUUCAAAUUCUUGAUAACAAUGCAACGCUACAAUAAAUUCAACAAAGAAGAACAGGAGAACGCGGAUUUCUUGCUCCGUGCUUAUCCUGAUUUACAGAUCGCCUAUCUUGAAGAAGAGCAAGUUGAUGAUGAGAAAAAAAUAUUUUCCGUACUUAUCGAUGGUCAUUGUGAGUUCCUUCCGGAUGGUAAACGAAAACCAAAAUAUCGGAUACAAUUGCCAGGUAACCCGAUUCUCGGUGAUGGUAAAUCCGAUAAUCAAAAUCACGCAAUCAUCUUUUAUCGUGGCGAGUAUUUGCAAUUAGUGGAUGCUAAUCAAGACAAUUACCUCGAGGAAUGUUUGAAAAUUCGAAAUGUUUUAGGUGAAUUUGAGCAUUCUAAUAUGCCCACUACUUCACCUUAUUCGCCAGCCGCCGAACCUCUAAAUAAGAAUCCAGUAGCUAUUGUUGGUGCUCGUGAAUACAUUUUCUCCGAGAAUUAUGGUGUGUUGGGUGAUGUGGCCGCUGGUAAAGAACAAACUUUUGGUACUCUUACACAACGUAUUAUGGCUGUGAUUGGUGGUAAAUUGCAUUAUGGACAUCCAGAUUUCUUGAAUGCCAUAUUCAUGACAACACGCGGUGGUAUAUCAAAAGCUCAGAAAGGGCUUCAUCUUAACGAAGAUAUUUAUGCUGGUAUGAACGCUUUCUGUCGAGGUGGUCGCAUAAAACAUACAGAAUACUAUCAAUGUGGUAAAGGUCGUGACCUUGGAUUCGGUUCCAUUCUGCAUUUCACCACCAAAAUUGGUACCGGUAUGGGCGAACAAAUGUUGUCACGUGAAUACUAUUAUAUUGGCACACAACUUCCAUUAGACCGAUUCUUGACUUUCUAUUAUGCUCAUCCGGGAUUCCACGUCAACAAUAUUUUCAUCGCGUUAUCAGUGCAAUUAUUUAUGGUUGGAAUGUUAUUUAUAGGCGCUCUGGCGUCCACCCUGCUUCUUUGCAAUUACAACCCUGAUCCUACUGCUCCAUUAUCUCCCCCUGGCUGUUAUAACUUUAUCCCGGUAUUCGACUGGAUCAAACGCUCAAUUAUCUCAAUCUUCAUAGUGUUCUUUAUUGCUUUCUUGCCACUUUUCUUGCAAGAGUUAACGGAAAAAGGAUUCAUUCGUAGUCUGACACGUCUCGGCAAACAUUUUAUGUCUUUGUCACCCUUCUUUGAAGUCUUUACAACUCAAAUAUAUGCUAAUGCUAUCAUGACCAAUCUAAGUUUUGGCGGUGCUCGAUAUAUUGCUACUGGCCGUGGAUUUGCCACUGCUCGAAUCCCAUUUUCUAUUUUAUAUUCACGGUUCGCUGGACCAAGUAUUUACUUUGGGAUGCGAACUUUGCUCAUUCUGCUUUUUGUCUCGAUGACCAUGUGGAUACCGCAUUUAAUGUACUUUUGGGUCUCUGUCAUUGCUCUCUGUAUCUCACCGUUCUUGUUCAACCCACAUCAGUUUUCAUUCAGUGACUUUAUUAUUGACUAUCGAGAAUUUUUGCGGUGGAUGUCACGUGGUAACUCAAAAACGCAUGCAAACUCUUGGAUUGCCUAUUGUCGAGUAUCUAGAACAAUGACCACCGGAUAUAAACGUAAACGAUUAGGACAUCCCUCGGAAAAAGAAAUCGGGGAUGUGCCAAAACCAAGUUUCGCCGUGAUUUUUGUUUCGGAAAUUUUAUGGCCAUUCCUUACAGCUUCAUUGUGUGUGAUUGCUUUCAUGUUUGUGAAGAGUUUCGAUCCUAAAACGCCAAACUCUCCUAAUAAAGGAACAAGUUCUCUAAUUCGAGUUGGUGCUAUCGCAGUUGGACCAAUCUUUUUGAAUGCAGCAAUGUUAGCAGGUCUUUUUCUGAUUGUGUGUAUAGGUUCAGUUUUUGAUUCUGAAAAAUUCGAAAAAUUCGGGUCCUACACUGCGGCAAUUGCACACACAUGGUCGGUCAUCACUUUUAUAGGAGCUUUUGAAGCUUUCUGGUAUAUCGAAUCAUGGAAUCUUAGUCAUGCCGUUUUGGGUAUGAUAGCUGUCUCCGCGAUCCAAAGAUUCAUAUUCAAAGUCCUGAUCACGAUGUUCCUAUCACGAGAAUUCAAACACGACGAAACAAACCUUGCAUGGUGGACUGGAAAAUGGUCUGGUCGCACUCUUGGAAACUCUUCAUUUAUACAACCGCUCCGUGAAUUCAUCUGUAAAAUAGUAGAAAUGGGAUUAUUCGCCACCGACUUCAUUCUUGGGCACGUUUUAUUAUUUAUGCUGGCACCAUUUAUACUGAUCCCGGGUAUGGACAUGAUCCAUUCGACGAUGUUGUUCUGGCUUCGCCCGAGCAAACAAAUCCGCGCGCCGAUAUUCUCGAUAAGGGAACGAACGCGGCGACAACGUAUUGUUUGGACGUAUGGCCUGAUAUUCCUGUGUAUGGUGGGCAUAUUUGCUGGGUUGAUUGCUGGCCCGAUAAUUUAUGGAUCCAAUGUUAAGAGAAUCAAUGUCCCAAUAUAG